CACGCUCCUCGUUCUCCUCGUUCUCCUUGUUCUCCUUGUUCUCCUCGUUCUCCUCGUUCUCCUCGUUCUCCUCGUUCUCCUUGUUCUCCUCGUCCUCCUCGUUCUCUUCGUUCUCCUCAAACCAUUGUUUCAGCUCGCACAUCCUUCUUUCAAAUGAGCUCAUCCUCUCACGAUUGGCAAAUUCAAGUGUCAGCAUCGCCGGAGCCUGAGGAGCAAGACGAUCGCAAUGUUCCCGCAAAGUUUCGGCUCCAGGUCGUGUUCGCCCUCGCAGUCUUCAUGUUCAUUGCUCGAUACGUCAGAGAUGCAGCUGUCUGGCUCUUUGAGGACGACGAUCUUGAAGACUUCGACAUAGAGAUUCGGAGAGAGAUGCCUCAGCGAAGGUGGCCACGAUUCUCGUCGUCAAGAAACGUCUUUGAUAAGAAAAAGAUGCUACGCCCGUACUUUGGUCAGACCUUCAAGGUCAUGAGAGUUGGCAUCAAGUAAUUGUUGCAAUUCAUAGGACGCAUGUAAAUAAAGCUCUGAGAAAUC